AUGACUUGGUGGCGUCGUGACUCAGCCAUCUCCCCUGUCCAGCGCUACGCGCAACGUCUACUCCGCUCCCACGAGGCUGCUCUUCGUACCCGAGGCUUUUCUCGCACACCAUCGCAAGAUGCCCAACAUAGAGACGAUAAGGGCACCAAUCGCCCAGCGGGCAUGUCCAAUCUCGAGUGGGCACAAUUGCAACACUAUCAGCGGUGGCGAAAGAAGUUGAUGGAGGACCCAUAUCAAGCUCUCUUCGGUGCGAGCAAUAGCAUGCUAAGUGGGAAGGGAUUGAAAGACUGGGAGUGGAUUAGCAACUCGUUUCCCAAAUGGAUGCUGAGGGAGAUGAGUGACUAUGGGGAUGCCACGCCACAACCAAAAAGCGACAAGGACAUCAACUCUUCGAAAAGAAAUGCGAAGAAAGAAGACACGGACUACGACGAUUCAGCCAACUUCAAAGAAAAGGAAUCCCAUUUCCUGCAACCUUCUUUCAGGGCCACGCGAAUAGGCGGUGACGAUGCCCGUGCUAUCGUUUCACCCUCGGACCUGAGAAGGCCGAGUGAACAACCUCACGUUACAGUCAUUGGAGAAAGCAUAAAAGCGAGUAACGAACUCAACUUCAAGCCCCAAUCUUCCACUUCCUCAUUAAAUGAACCCUACACUUUCGAAUCAUCGCCUCCGACACCACCAAAGAGUACACAGUCCUUCAGCGAUUACAUAAGAAAGUCGAAUUCGGAUGCCAUAGGCAAGAUCGAGAAAUUGAGCAAGCCUACAACAUCCCAAGGGGCUUCCUUCAUGGAUGGGUUUCUUACGGAAAAGCCUCCACAAGAUGAACAAGACGUUGACACUCAUAAGUUUUCCAGUUGGAGGGAAACCACACUACAAAGGCGUCUAUUGCGAGACGAUGCGGUGAAGAAAGACUCCAACAAUGAGCCCCCGAGUAUCCUGCCAGUCGCCAAAGAAACUGAAACUAUGCCGCCGACUGCAGUCAUAGAGGAGCACUCUCCAGCGCCACAAGUGAAGCAAGCUGUUCUUGUCACAGACGUGGUCCAAGAACAAAAGCCCUCGCUCAACGAAUAUGCCAAUUCACCGAAAGGCUACGCUAAACCUGUCAGGUCAACAUCAGAGACACUUAGUCAGCUACCUGAAGAUGACAUUGACUUCUUGAGUGCAGCUGAGAUCCGCGCGUCCAUGGGCACGAAGAAGAGUAAAAUCAUGAGCGAUGAACAAAGGAAAACAGAACGAGAGAACUUAGAAAAGUCUUUUGCUGAAGCACACGCCGAGACGAACGAAGUCGAUUCAAUGAUUGAAUCCAAGAUCAUCAAUGAUCAGCUUGUUCGCCGCAUAGAGCGUAAGAUGCAGAUGCCAGAAGAGCCGAAGGGGAUGGAUGGACCUCAGCCGACUACCAAAACUGAUCAGACAUCGACACUCGCAAACGAGGCUCAAAUGGAGUCUAGUAUUGAUCGUAUGAAAUCUUGGCUUGAGCAAGGUGGUGCCAUAUUCUCCAGCUACUUCUGGCAAGAUCCGACAGAAGAAGCAGACGCAAAGAAGACCCGAUUGUUCUUCGAUAAAGUGCUCGAGCGUAUUCGCAAGGGACGCUCAACCAUGAGACAAGUUAUCGAGGAUCUAGAGACAGAUAUUCCUGCGUCCAAAGCACUGUUAAAGCGCAUGAAAACGGACGAAGACGUCUUGGACUCUGCAAUCCAUGCUCUGCGACAACGCUCUGGUAGCGGCAAGAUGCAUUCGUUGACGCCCAAGAAGGUCCGAGCGAUACAGUCCCUGCGUCUGAAGUUUCAAGAUACGGACAAUGAUCUGAACAAAGCUUACGCAGCUUUGGAGGAGAUCAGCAAAUCCGAAGCUGUCAAGAAUCCACCCUUGGCUUUCAAGCAACGACUCGGCUUGUCAGCGAAGAUCAUACAGAAAAACGCCCAUCUCACACGGUAUUUGAUAUGGAGUCUGCAGGCUCGUCUCGAGGACCCAGAAAUUGACCGAAGCAUGCUGGUAAACUACAAAGCUGUAGCUAAUAGCCUAUUGACGCUGAGAGAUACCCAAAUGGCUCUGUCUCGAUUGGUGGACCGUGCUAUGUUGGUAUACGGGGUCGUACCACAGACUGUGGAGAAGGCCGAACUGAUGGGCCAAACAAUCCUGAAUACUUCAAGUGAGCAUGGGCAGGUGUCUCAUGGGGUGUCAUCCAGUAUGACCGAGAUCGACAAAGCCCAACUUCGUGCUAGAAUAGCGGCCGAAGAACACCUUGCCAACGAGGUUGAUGCACAAAAAUCAGCAAUGUGCGGAUUGUCAGACGAUGGGUAUGUCCGUGAACCAAAGGCCCUGGCGAAGAAGUCAUUCGAGGAGCGUAGCCCGCUUGACCACAGCCUCUACAGGCCCUUUGGACCGGUGUUGGAGAGCUUGGGCAGUGAACUGCCUUCAAGAAUCGAAGCGUCCAAAUCUGAGGAAGUGGAACAGAAGUAUAACGAUGCUGAGCUGGUCGCUGAAGUGCAAAAGGCCUACGAAGAUACUUAUGGGCCAAUUACUGCUGACCACCAGCAGUGUCCAGCUGCUGAUGAAGUAAAGCAUGGCCAAGAGAAUGCUGUUGAGAAGUUUGAGAUGUUGAAAGACGACCCUACAGUUAGCGAGGAGGCUCCUGAACGGGUCGUUACGACGCAGGAGCCCGAGACUGAAGUCACCACGUUACAAGCCACAGAGAACGAGGGUACCAACGCGCGAGCUAAGGCCGAGACUGAAGUCUCUAACCCAACACCUCAACUCACUCAAAUAUCCCCAGAACCCGCCACUGAGACCGCUGCAACAGCGACCUCGUCCCCCAUUCCAAUCACCGACCUCCCAACCCACUACAUCAUCCUGAUCCACAAUGCCGAAACCAACACACUCACCCACACAACCUCGACCUCCCCACCACCCCGCGAGCCAUCCCCGACAAUCCCUCUCCACACCGCCCUCGCAACCCUCUCCUCCCCCUCAAAAUUCAUCCCCCACAUAACCCCAGACGUGGAAAUCAUAACCGCAAAAUCAGACAUGCUCAUUCUCCGUAACGUACUCGCCCCAUCAUCCUCUUCCGGCACCCCAAGACCCCUACUACACCCCCCUGAGCACAGCGACGCCGCAGAUGAAACAGAUAUCCAGCGCGCAGGAACUGUAAACCCAAUCGAUGGCACUACGCGUCUUUCGCCAACGGGAUAUGUAGGUCCUGAGGAGAAUCGCGAGCAGCUAGAGAAGGAGUUUGAGGAAAGGAGACGCGCGGCGGAAAGGGUGGUGCUGGGGGCUGGUGCCGAGGGGGAGGAGAGUGUGAAGGGCUCAGCUUCCGGGGCUGAGAAGAAGAAGAAGGGACGAGGCGCGGGUGUCGUUAAGACUGCGAUUUGGGCCGCGGCUGUGUGUUAUGUUGUUGGUGUGUUGGGGGAGGUGGUUGCUUAG